AUGGCAACGCUCGCAGGCUCCGUUGGGGCGCACUGUCUCCAGACUGUCCAGCACGUCGGCGACCCGCGCGGAACAGUCGAGCAGAUCGCGGGCGUGAACACGUACGUCGCGCGCCCGGCGUCUGGGGGCAGCGACAAGAUCAUCCUGUUCUUCGCGGACGUGUUCGGCGCGCUGUAUGUGAACUCGAAGCUGCUCAUGGACUACUGGGCUGAGCACGGGUAUCUGGUGCUCGCCCUGGACUACUUCGAGGGGGACUCGUACGGGUUCCACCUCGACGAGAAGGGCUUUGACACGCAGGCGUGGAUCAAAAAGAACCAGGCGCGCACGGAGGUGCUGCUUCCUCCCUGGAUAGACGCGGUACGAGAGCAGUAUGGACCUGACAAGAAGUAUGUCUGCGUCGGAUACUGCUACGGCGCACCGUACGUGAUGGACCACGUGAAGAAAGACUGGAUCACUGCAGGCGCCUUCGCGCACCCCGCCUUCCUGAGCGAAGAUCACUUCAAAGACGUGAAAAAGCCCCUGCUGCUGUCGUGCGCAGAAAUCGAUCAUACAUUUCCCGCCGAGUCGCGUCGCCGGGCGGAAGACCUGCUGGUGGAGCAGAAGGCGACCUACUUCAUCCAAGUGUUCGGGUCCGUCAAGCAUGGAUUCGCGUUGCGCGGGGACCCGAAAGUUCCUGUGGAGAAAUGGGCGAAGGAGGAAAGCGCGCGGGGGAUCUUGAACUGGUUUGAUCAUUUCUGCGGUUGA